GGGACACCUAGCCCAGCAGGGCAGUUGCAUCACUAUGCAUGUGUGUGUUACCGAAUUGAUCAAUUUAAGCUCAUGAUAAUUUUUUUUCUCCGUCGGAGCUGUUAAGCUAAGCUUACCUUGUAUUAUCGUCGUGUCAUCGUGAUCAGUUCUCCGAAGAGAAUAAUACGAUAUUAUCCUACUUACCACACUGAUUGAUAACUGGCAAUCGUUAGGGAAACACGUGUGUUAAUGCCCUAGUUUAAGAUCCAAUCGGAUUUUACCAGCUGUGGACAGCGGAGUGCUUCACGGCGCAACCGGAAAUAGCUCUAUCUAACUCCCCGAACCUUCUCGACCGAAAUCAUCCGUCUUGUCAGCACUCUCAGCAUUCUAUAGAAAAAUUUCGAAUUAUCCGCCGCAUUAGCUACCCCGAAACUCACCAUAAAUUUCUGUCUGUUAGGUGCUCACGACGAAAACUGACGAGAUGUCACAAAUUUACCCCUCCAUAUUUCAGCGGAUCGUCGGAUCGUCAGGAACCCGAGUAUUACGGCAGGCGGCACCGAAGGUAGAAAGAGCAGUAUGGAAGCGAACAUUUUUGUCCAGUUCACAGCUGUCUAAAGUCACACGACCAACAACCACCAACUCCAUAUCUAAGCUGCUCAAAUUACCGCUACGUUCAACACGACGACCGUUUUCCAAGACCUCUCGAUUACGGGACGCAAAACCUACCCCAAAAGACUCAAAGGGUCCCACGAAAGAAGAACCAACAGGAAUUUCGGCAAGGCUCAAAAAGCUCUCUAGGGAAUAUGGCUGGGCCUCCUUGGGAGUUUACCUAGCGCUAACUGUACUGGACUUUCCGUUCUGUUUCUUACUCGUGCGAUCACUAGGAACGGACAGGAUUGGCGAAUUCGAACAUUUUGUGGUUUCCAAUGUCAAGAAGGUGAUACCCGAAUCGGUGCGAGAGUGGUGGCACGAGUACCGUAAAGCCCUAAAAGAUGCCGAGAAGGAAAAUCUUGGCAACGACGAGAUUAGCGAACAUGUCGAGAUGGCUGGCUGGGGCGUCGAGGAGGCUGAGAGAAGACAUAGUGCCGAAGCCAGUCUCGGUACUCAGUUGGCUCUAGCCUAUGCUGUGCACAAGAGUUUCAUUUUCCUGCGAGUUCCUUUGACUGCCGCUAUCACUCCUAAGGUAGUCAAGGUCCUUAGAUCAUGGGGCUGGAAUAUUGGGAAGCGACAAGCCAAGCGGUAAUCAAGCAUGUCUUCUUGAAAAUUAUUGAAGGACGCGAAUGAGAAUUUACUCCAAGUUUUCUCAAGACUUCGGAAGGUCAUUGCAUAUUCAACUUGCGCUUAAGCAUCUGCAUAAGUGCCUACUUACCUAGGUAAGCUUGUAUAUUAAGAGAGGUUGUACCGUCGUACGAUUUAUCAGAAAAGAAAACCAAUAGACGCACUCCACAUAGAACAUACCUAGUACCUAAUUGACAGCAAUACUCAGUUUGAAAAUUCCAAAUUCCCGUAAAUAUUCAUCUAAUAUUCAGAGGUAUUGCGAAAAGGACGUGUGAUGACAACGACGACAAACAUAAUUAUGACCGCUGCCGAUUGAGAUCACGGCAAAGCCGACAACUACUGCAAUUGGCCUUCGUUAUUGUGGCACGGCGAACAUCCAGGAGUAAGACACGUGCAUUAUGAUG